UCAUCACAGGCAUCUUAAGUCCAACACUCCAGUCGUGACAAAGGCCCUAUAAUCAAGUUCCCCGGGGCUUUUGGAUCCAUAUAUACUCCAUCCAUCAUCGCCUCGGCUAUAUGGCAUGUAGCCGACGACACUUUAAAACACAACGAUCUAGACUAAUACUGCAUCAAAAUCAAUAUCAUUUCAACCUUCGAGUCGACACCAUGACAACCUCGACAGAUAACCUAAGAUUCACCUGCGCUGUUAUCACCGGCGGCGGCGGUGGCAUCGGCAAGGUGAUGGCCCAACACUUCAUUUCCAAGGGCAAGAAAGUCAUCAUCGCAGGACGGACCGAAUCGAAGUUGCAAGAGACAGCCAAAGAAAUUGGAGCUGCCGACUAUUACGUGCUCGAUACGGGCAAGGUUGAACAGAUUCCCGACUUUGUGAAACGCAUCACCAAAGAUCACCCUGAACUAGACUGUCUCGUCAACAACGCCGGGGUGCAGCGCCCCCUAGAGAUUCUCAAGGACGACGAUUUCCUCUUGAAGGCGGACCAAGAGAUCGACAUCAACAUCCGAGGCCCAAUGCAUUUGGCUUUAGGUUUGCUACCACACCUGCAGACAAAGGAAUCCGCCCUCAUCAUCAACGUUUCGAGCGUCCUUGGUUUCAUACCAUUCUCCAUCAUCAAUCCCGUCUACAACGGCACCAAGGCCUGGCUGCACUUUUGGAGCAUGAAUCUCCGCACACAGCUAAAGACCGGCGGAUCACAAGUCAAAGUUGUGGAAAUUGCGCCACCAACGGUCGCGACUGACCUGCACCGAGAGCGAACCGAUCCAGACGACAACAAGAAGGCGAAUAAUCCCGACGCACUCAGCGUAGAUGAGUUUAUGGAGGAAGUGGCUAAGAAGUUGGAAGACGGCGUCGAGACCAUCGGGCCGGGAAUGGCUGGAGAGGUCAUUGAUAGAUGGUAUGGUGCAUUCGGCGAGCAGUAUGCAAAGGCAGCUAGAAGCAAAUAGUUGGCCAUUCCUCAAAGCGAAAAGUGGUUAUGUGCCGACCUGGACACGAAUUUUCAACCUAAAAUUGCGUCCCUGAUUCAGGAUAUGAACGUCUCACCGGAACUCUACACAGAGUAUAACGGACAAUGCGAAAUGAUGCCUCGAAGGAACAUCACGAUAUUGUGACAUGAUACGGGC